AGCCCUCUGGCCCUCUGUGCCCGCGCCCCUCCGUGACGCGUGGCACUGGCGCUCCAUGGAAGGGACUCGGCGACGCAUCGUCUAUGUAUCGGCGACAGGCCCCCGAUGGCCAGUCCGAGAUCUCUGGCAGACAGGCCGGGCAGCCAAUCGCACGAGGAACGAGCCACGCUUCGAGAACCUCUCUCUUGCGGGCCGGCAGUGCCGCCCGCCCGCUAAUCCGAUCCUCGACGGCAGCGCCAUCGCGGACAGGGACGUAUGGCGGAGAUGAGCUUCUGUUUUUGGCGAGCGACGCUCUGGUGGUGAUUUUAACGCGGAUGAGAGACAGUCUCGCCGGAUACCUUGUUUGAGGCCGUGGCGAAGAACGAGCAUUGACACGGACGCGUCGGGCCUGUUCUUUCGCCUUGCAGCGUUUUGCAGGGGAGGGCUGAGUUCAAAAACGGUACCGCCUGUAGCGACGGCGCAGCCCCUGAGAUUUACGGGGCGCUGCCACAGCUCAUGUUGCUGGAGUUUUGGACAUGCCUCAGACAACGACUUCCCGAUUCUGGGUCCCCGGACCAGUCGAGCUGGGAAAUCAUUGAGUUCAUUUGAAUUCCAAAUUUUUCCAAAACCCAGAACUCUCACGGAAUUUCGUUGGCCUGGCAAGCUGGACGUCUGUUCGAAACGGAGCUUAUUAUGUCUGCAGGACCAUGUAUAAGAACCAGUACCCAGCAGCCUUGCGGCCACGUUCGGUUGUCGACCUGGGUUUUCAUGUGUUGCCGUUGUAUGCGUGCUUCGCCAGAGCAUUUUGCAGCUUCUCGUUGGGACAGCAGCUUUGUGAGGGUUUGGAUAUCCAAACCGCUUUCGACAGCAUGGCGCGCGGAGCCAUGACUUCUGCAUGCCAGUCGCGGGGGAUGCACCCUGCCUUGGCUGAGGCGUCGUUGCGGGAGGUUUAUGGCAUGAUGUGCAUCCUCACGCUGCCUGGUGCCGACCCUUCUGAUAUUUCUGAUUUGGGGCGGGGAAGCAAACCGAGUGGCAUCGACGCUCCAGGAGAGUUCAAUAUCGUGCUCGGCGCGGCCAUGGACAAGCUGCUAGCCCGUUGCGAACUCUGAGAUUACGGCUUCGCCCUGGAUCGGGUGUGCAAGCACCGCGUGUCCAAUCGCAUUUGGGCAGGCAGCGCUGUUUUACUAGCGUCUUGCGCUUACGAGUUCAACCGCAUUGUGCAUGACGUUGUUGGUGAGAUCGUCCGCGGGGGCUUCACGUGGAAGGCAUCAUCUUUGGAAUGCCUGCGUGCGGCCUGGUUGUGAAGAAACGACUUGCAGGUUUGCAGUCGUACAACGCCUUGCAGGUUUGCAGUACGACUUGCAGGUUUGCAGUCGUACAACGCCUGUUCGCUCUGUUAGUUAUGGCGGCGAUACUGUCACCUGCGCUGAUCAUGGAUUCGUUGCAGCCCAGAAG